CGAUAUCCGGCCAGAACACACAAAAAGGAAAAGAAGGCUGCGUUGUGUCUUGGCGCGCGAACGCGCUUUUAGCGGGCGCUAUCUUUAACUCGGGACAUCCCAAAACCUUAACGGGACCGUAGACCAGGGCCCUGGUUACCGACUUUUUCUCCCCCCUCCCCUCUUCCGAAGGGAGUCUUCUCCCAACACCCCUUGCACACACUCUCUCUUUCCCCCCGUCUCGCACUCGCAAGAACACCCCCUGAUCGACCGAAACUCCUUUCCUCUAUUUGCUUCGUACGGAUAUAGCAGGACCAAAAGCAAGGGGGUGAGAAGAGCCGUUCGUGCAGGGCUUGAUUAGACUACAAGGGUCCCGAAGCUCCAGGAUAGGAAAUAAGCUGCCCUGUGGUGUGAAGACUGGAAGCCAACGCGCCACACAUACACACGUACGCUUUCUCUCUCACACACACACCCCUUCCGGCACCAUCAGCCAUGACCGUCUCAUCCGGCCCCCAACCCGGCCCCGGCCACCCGGCCGUGCCGGCCGAUCCCCGGUCACCGGUCCCUCCGUCCGCCUCAACAUCCAGCAACACCGUCACCACCAACGCACCCCAAGAGACCUCAGAGGACGCAACACCAACUACCCCGCCCCCAGCAGAAGACGAAGACAACGACACCGCCGCCGCCUACGAAUCCCGCCACGUCCACACAGUCUACGAGGCCAUCGCCCCGCACUUCUCCUCGACGCGCUACAAGCCCUGGCCCCUCGUCGCCUCCUUCCUGCUCUCCCUCCCGCCCGGCUCCGUCGGCCUCGACGCCGGGUGCGGCAACGGCAAGUACAUCGGCGUCAACCCGGACCUCUUCGUCGUCGCCUCGGACCGGAGCGCGAACCUCGUCUCGCUGGCGAGGAGUUACCAGCCGCCGCACUUUGACGCCGCUGCCGGGCCCAAGAAGAAGAACAAGGGCGGCAACAAGAAGGUCACGGCUGACUCCGAAGCACCUGCGACACCGGCACCGGCACCACCACCACCACCACCACCACCACCAAAGAACCAGGUCCUCGUAGCAGACUCCCUCGCCCUCCCCUACCGCACCUCCGCCUUCGACUUCGCCAUCUCCAUCGCCGUAAUCCACCACAUGUCCACCCGCGAACGCCGCCGCGCCGCCGUAGCGGCUCUCCUCUCCGCCGUGCGCCCCGGCACUGCUACGGAGCAAGGGGGCAGAGUCCUCGUCAUGGUCUGGGCGCUGGAGCAAGGCAACAGCCGGCGCGGGUGGGACGCCGGCGCCGCGCAGGAUCAGCUCGUGUCGUGGGUGACAAAGGGGAAGAAGGAGAAGCCCGAAAGCAAGGAGCAAGAGAAGGAGAAAGCCGCCGCCGAACCCGCCAAGGAUGAGACGUUCCAGAGGUAUUACCACCUCUACCGCGAGGGCGAGCUCGAGGAGGACGUCGUGGAGGUCGGGGGUAGGGUGCUCGAGAGCGGUUAUGAGAGGGAUAACUGGUGGGCCAUCUUUUGUCGGGACUCAUGAGAUGGGAUUCGGACAUACAGCCCAAGAGAAAUGCGGAAGGGUGAGAUGGAAAGAUGAGAGCGACAAGUCUAUCAGCGGCAACAACAGAGAGGCAAGCC